AUGUCACAUAAGAUCUCCGAAGUAGUACUACCACAAUUAAAGAGAAUGCGAAAUGCAGAUCCAGAGAAACCUCGACAACGUUGUAAGCGAUUGGUGGUUGAAGCUGGAAAAAGUAUCAGCAUGGAGGACCUAAGUGAUGAACGUAAUCAGGAUGGUGAUUCAGACACAGAUACAUCAAGGUCUACUAGUUCUGGUGCCUGUAGUUCAGAGAAUCUUUCGAGUGAACUACCAGAUGAAGACACCAUGCCUUUGGUUGAUGAGAAGAAGCGUGUUAAGUAUGAUGAUGUGAAGCCUAACCUGUGGGUAAAGGUGGUUUUGAAGGUGAGGUUUUUUUGGGAAAAGUAUUGAAAAAGUCAAAAGGUGAAACAUUCGUACAAUGCCUAGAAAAACUAUAUGGUAUCAAGGAGCCUCAGAACCUAGAAAGGGAGAACAAUGCUGUAUAUUAUAAAGAUAUUUAUGAAAGCGAUUUAGAAGAGCAAGGUCAAACUCCCACCGCGUCUAAAGAAUUCAAUAAACACACGUAA